AUGCAGUUCUUCACCGAAGAAAAAUUGUCCGAAAGGACCAUCGAGGACAUCCUGCACGGCAAAUUUUGCUUGGCCCUUCUACUGAAGCGCAACGGAGACUUACCGGGCGAUAUUGAUGACAUAGUAUUGCAAAUAGUUUACGGAAAUAUGAGGAAACCGCCGGGAAGCGAGUUUUCCCCAUGCGAUCAGCUAACAGUCAAAAUCAGAGACGAUGAAGACGAUGAAACUAACGAUGGAGAGAAGAAAAUUGAAAACAAUUUAGUAGGUAUUUGGGCGCCCACUGAUAAAUUAACGAAAGCUUUGGUGCUAAAGCACGCGUUCCCCAACGUGUCCGGUCCAUUUAAAUUGCCCGACGAGGAGCCAAUUCCCUUGUGCGUCGCGAUGGCGUUCGACGCUUUCAAAACGAGAGAAGUGAUGGAAUUAUCGCAAUUGUAUCCGGGCCAAGUGAUGACUGUGGGUUUCUUCACCAGCGACAAGCCCCAAGAAGCGACCCUAAUUUCGAAAACCGUCGAGGAAUUCGACUCGAGAUCGACUCCUACCACAUACGAAGAAAAAAUCGUCAUCCAAUUGGCGAAGACGAUGGAGGAUUGCGUGCGGGCCUUCGCGGAUUUGGGGCCCACUUACGUGAGUCCGGACGUGGAUCAAGGCGAAAUCGAUUGCAAAUUCUUCUUCCCCGACGGCUACAACGCCCCCAAGGAGGUGAUUCAACAGGUGAAGAAGAAGUUCAAGAGGAAAGGUAAGGGCAAAGCCGCCAACGUUAACCAAGACGAGGCCACUUCGACGGCCACCGUGGAUUUGGUGAAGGAGCAAGAGGAGCUGGAUCACGAGGAAUUGGAGGAGCAAAACAGCGAAGAUGAGAAGAACGAUGGUGAAGUAUUGUUGGAGGAAAAUGUGGAUGAUGAGGAGGCGGAAUCGCCAAAAUCAUCGGCUAGGGAAGCGGAUAAGGCGACGUCUCCAUUUAGUGAUGGUAAAAUUGAGGAAUGA